AUGGAUCCUGACCUGUGUGAAAAUUUUGAUAUAGUAAUUCAAAAUUAUACCGAUAAAAUAAAAAAUUCUGAAGAAUAUGAUAUUCAGAAUAUACCGGGUAUUGAGGAAUACUGCCAUGAUGGAGAAUCAGAGGAAAAAAAAUGUAAGACUGAGGUCGAUAAAAUAAAUGCUGCAUGCUUAUGGUUGCUCGAGCAAAAUGUUGCUCAUAGGAUUGAUGAUUUAAGUAAAGAAAAAAUUAAUAUGUUUAUUAUAUACAUUAUGAUAUGGCUAAGUUAUAUGUUAAACCUAAAGAAUGUUAAUAACAUCAACAACCUAAAAGAUUUUUAUGAAGCGCAUAUAAAGAAUAACAGUCAUUAUACUAAUUGUAAUAAUGAUGAUCAAGAUUGUAGUAAUACAUUAAAAAAAAAAACGGGAUAUAGUAAUUUUAAUGAAAUCAUAGCUACAAAUAUGGAUUUUGAAUAUAUAUUUAAAUUUUAUGAUGCAUUUAAAUUAUUAUGUAAAAUGCAUACUGAAUCUAAUGAAAACACGCUAGAAUGCACGGAAUAUUUGGAAUAUGCAAAUGACAUUGUUGACAAAUUUAAAGAACUUAAUGAAAGUUCUAGUGUUACUGGAAACACUUCAUAUAGUCAAAUAUGGUCUACUUUAUCAACUGAUUAUGAUAGUUUUAAAAAGAAAUGUAAUAGUUUUCCAUCCCUUCCAUCGAUAAAAACAACACAACACGUACAAAGUUAUGAAGAUCAUUCUGAAGAUUCUUCUCUACAAAAUUAUGGUGUUACAUCAUCAAGCUUGUCGAUAGUAAACAGAAUAAUUAUAGCUUUAUCAAUAUUCAGUGCAAUAACAAUCUUUUUGGGAAUUUUUUAUAAGUGUUCGUUAUUUGUAUUACGGAAAAGAGCUCAAAAACAACAUUUAAAAGAAAAGCUAAAAACAUAA